CGUUAUCUACCAACACGCGCGCGCAUUCGCGCGCAGGCGGCGCGCGAGCAGGUCAAGGUGCGGCAAGUGUUUUGAAGGAAUUCCCACUUAAAGGCACGCACUCGACUUUUUGAUCGGGUAAGCCUUGCUAGCGACGACACUUGUGGGCGCGCACACGCCCAAUCACGAAUCUCUCAGUCGUCGCACCCACGGCGUACGGACCGUCGAUUCCUUGGCGUGAAGAUGACCUCGACGACUCACCGACGAUCGUCUCGUUACCAAGGCGAGGUUUGGUCCAUAGCGGCCGGAACUGUGCUAGGCAGCACGGCCGUGGGCGCCGCGAGUCUGGCGUGGGUAGCGUGGAAAUGGUAUGAGAGCUCGAGAAAAGCUUCAGCCUCAUCAAGCAGUCAAAGGCGAGCAGAGGUCGGAAAGGGGGGCGGAAUUCAAGAUGCGGGCUUGACAGCUGCUGACGAGCGAUCCAGCAUGUCCAUCGCUCUGCCAGCCGACUUUCAGCGCACGCAAGCGUCUUUGCAUUCACUGCGAAAAUUUCUCCAAGUAUUGUCUCGUGCACAUCUGGUCCACCUCUUGGCCUCUGCUGUCGAGGGUCCAUCGAGUCCCCUACACGUGGAGCUCAGAGGUAUCCCAGGCUACGAUACGAGGCGCACGCUAGAGUACAGGAAUGCAGGCGCAAAACGGAUGCUGGUUGCUACGAUGCGGUGUUGGGUUCAAGUAGAGGUUCGGCGCAGCGCUGCAGAGCACCACCACAACAGCGAUGGCGCAACGGCAGACGUGGGUCGUCCAUGCAGCUUGCAAGUGAUUCUGAUCUUGCCAGACGUUGCAUUAGCAACAACGAAUCUCGACGGUGACCAGACGUGGUCAUGCACCGAGCAAGGCCUGCAAGAUGCUUCGGCGGGGCCCACAUCAUCGGCGUGCCACGCUGUAGGCAACAUUCGUGUCGUCGACUUGCGCUGCGAAGCGGACGCAGAGCUGGCAUGGAUCAGAGCAGCUCGCCAAAUCACAGACCUCGCUGCCGAGCGACGUACCGCGUCUAAAGCAUUGUGUUAGGGGCGCACCGCUCGAUUGAAGGCCUCUCCUCUUGGAGUGAGCAGACAGUCGCGCACGGAAUCUAAUGCCACCAUCUGCGCGUCCGUGUGUGUGGCCUGCUUUGCGACCAUCGACGGAGGCGCCAUCACCUCGAAUGGAAGGCCGGGGGCCAGACUUCAAGAAGGGUAAUAAUCAAAUCGUGAAUCAAAUGAUUAUCGAGCAAACGCUGCACAUGUGAGCCGUGCGUGCAUGUGACUUAAAGUCGUGAGUCGUGAGGCGGCAACGUUAGCCCAAGGUCUGUGCUAUGAUGGAAGCGUGGACCCG